AGGCAGAACAGACUGUUGUCUGAUUUUUCAAGCUUAACCCAGAAAGAAAAAAACCACAAAGAGGAGACUUUCUUCCUACGCUUUAACCCUAAAUUAUUUGUGUUACAUCACGACCCUUGCUUGCUGAAGAAGAUGCUGUCUGAUCUUCCAAGGGAUUUGGCAGAGGAUGUGUUCAUUAGGCUUCCAAUGACAUCUAUGAGAGCUGUGCGAUCUGUUUGCAAAAAGUGGAACACUUUAUCCAAAGGUCGGAGCUUUACAAAGAAGCACCUUGCUCAAGCUAAAGCAGCAGUAAGAAGAGAGCUUUUGGCGGUAAUGGUGAUUAAUUAUCGGGUUUAUUUGAUGAGUGUCAACCUCCAGGGAAUUCACAACAACAUUGAACCAUCAAUAAACCAUCUAGGUAAACUCGUUAGCCUAACGGAAUCAGAUCGAGUAGAUAUAUCUGUUGUGUAUCACUGCGACGGUUUAUUGUUAUGCAUCACCAGAAACAUCCCUAGGUUCACUGUUUGGAAUCCGUAUUGCGGCCAAACCCGGUUGUUCGAAACAAUACGCAGACCUAAGCCUAGAUAUGCUAUAGGAUACGAGAAUAGCAAAUCAUUCCGCAGCUACAAAGUAUUGAGAUUCUGUGAACCUUCUCGCGGAUACGUUCGGUAUGAAUUGUACUACAUCAACUCUAAAUCACCUAGUGAUGACUAUCCCGAUUACUAUCUUUCCAGAUUGGGAUAUACAGUUUUAUGCACGUGGCGUGUCGUUGAAGGGAAACACUUAUUGGUUUGCUCAAGAAAAUUGUGUAGGAGACGACGGAACAGAAACAGGGAAGAGGAUACGUUACAUUUAGAGAUAUGGAUUACGACUAAGAUUGAGCCCGAAGCGGUGUCAUGGGGCAAGAAGGUCUUCUUAGCUGUGAAUAUGAAACCACUCGAUGAUUAUGCAUUUGAUGUUACAUCAGGGAGUUUCUUUGUUGACGAGGAGAAGAAAGUUGCCGUAGUUUUUGAUAUUGACAGAGGUACGGGGAUGGUCACGGGGAUGGACUGCUUCGCUUAUAUCAUUGGAAAGGAUGGAUAUUUCAAAAAAGUGGAUCUCAGAGACCCUUCAGAAGAUUGUUCUUUCCCACUGAUGUGCUCUUAUGUUCCAAGUUUAGUGCAAAUUGAACGACCUGCACGAGGUGGCAAAAGGAAAAGAGACGGGGGAAACAAAUAUAAAAAACAGAUUAUCGAGUACCUCUAGUUUCUUUCUUUCUUUGUUUCCUUUUGUUGUGAUGUUCUUGUUUCUCAUGUCUUGCUUGUGCAAUUUGAAGCGGAAACUCAAAAUUAUUCUCUCAUAUAUCCUAACUCGCGGAUAAGAUGUUUAGUAUG